AUCCCAAUUAAUGUGUUUAAACAUGGCCAGCUAAUUUCAUGAAGCUAGAAGCUAGAAGCCUAGAACCAUCGUAUACCACGCCUAUCCUCUUUCUCUCGGUACACAAAAAAGUCCUGUGGUGGAGUAUACCUCACUUAGAAGUGCAUGAAAUUGCUCUAGUUUUCCAAACAAAUGAGUGAAAGAACUCUGGUUCCAAUAUUCGUCUUCUGGGCUUUCCUUACAAUAAUCACCCCUACACUCAUUCUCUUGUCAGAGAAUUCAAAGGCAGACCUCGAUUCAAAUGGAAAUAUAACUGAGGGAAUGAAGCUUGGAAUAAUGAUCGGGUACACACAGAAAUAUAGCAUAAGAACAGCAUCACCACUAGCCAAGUCUGAAGAGGAACUGGCCUUGGCACCAGCCCCAGAAACAUUACCAACCCCAUCAUCUGGAACUAAUACUACUAGAGUUACUCCAACUGGGUCAAUGUCACAUCAUAACCACACUCUUAUAGGCAAUAGAACUGAUGAUGGGCUUACACUCUUCUCUCCCACCAAGAUACACGUCCAAGUCAAACAAGCAUAUAUCAGAUAAACAAGUACUUCGUGACAGACAUGAUUACAGUAUUUGGAUCUCAGACUGUUAUAUGUCCUCAGUAGUCUUUGUGGAAGAACAAUGUAAGUUGGUGAUAAACAGAAUUAAUUCAUUACUUUGUAAAUAUCUACAUAGGUAUAUACCAUGAUUCUGAAUUGAUAUAAAUUGGUUGGGGUUUGUUGUUUAGCAAAUAUAUUUCUUCUAUUGUUGAGGUCUAAUAAAAAGAGAAAUGAUGGUCCCAAGUCCCAAGCCCAAAUCCCGUUGCAAAUUUAUAGGUGUUAUGGAAAUUUUUUGUAUGUAGUUAUGAAACGAGAUGCAGUUUCUCUCAUCAUGAGCAGUAUUAUGUCCCGAUGAUCAUAUGGUCUUUGUUUUCCUUUAUAAAAACAAAGACUCAGAGAAACUCAUUAACAAAUUCUGUAACUUUUGUUCUUGCCCG